CCGUCGCCACACUGGAGCUUGUCACAUCUCGCCAGCCGACUUCAACCAGAGCAACAUGACUCCGUUGGCACUGCUGGUCCUGGUCGGCGCGGCGGUCGCCGGGGGCGCCCCAGGCUCCGUCUCUGCUCCCGUCGGCGGACCUGGUUUGCUCGGGAUCUUGGGCCGGCUGCCCGGAGCCGAGGUCAAUCCAUGGAUUUCCGCGGCUAACUCAAGCGCCGGAGAGCGCGUCUCAUCAGGCCCCCAGGUGCUCAACCCCAAAAACGACAGCGUCAACAACGGAAAAGGCAGUUCCGCUUACGAAUACGCGACCGCCAGCGGCAUCAGAACGGGUGAGAUCGGAGUCCGGAAGCAAGCUGGCGUACCCGGAGCCGUAGCCGAAGUGGGUCACGGUUCCUACACCUACACCGUCGACGAGAACGGCUUCCAACCGCAGGGCGCCCAAGAGCCCACCCGGCCAUCCAUCCCGGAGGCCAUCCUCAGGUCCCCGAAGCAGAAUGCCACUGAGGUCUCGGCGGCCGCGCGCUACCAAGGAGUCGGCACUUCCAGAGCCACAUAUGGUGCGUCCAGGGCCGGUUUCCCCGGCGGAUAUGGUGCGUCCGAAGGCGGUAUUUUAGGCGGAUAUGGUGGGCCCGGAGGCGGUUUCCCCGGCGGAUACGGUGGGUCCGGAGGCGGUUUCCGAGGCGUAUAUGGUGCGUCCGAAGGCGGUAUUUUCGGCGGAUAUGGUGGGCCCGGAGGCGGUUUCCCCGGCGGAUACGGUGGGUCAGGAGGCGGUUUCGGAGGCGUAUAUGGUGCGUCCGAAGGCGGUAUUUUCAGCGGAUAUGGUGGGCCCGGAGGCGGUUUCCCCGGCGGAUACGGUGGGUCCGGAGGUGGUUUCGGAGGCGUAUAUGGUGCGUCCGAAGGCGGUAUUUUCGGCGGAUAUGGUGGGCCCGGAGGCGGUUCCCCCGGCGGAUACGGUGGGUCAGGAGGCGGUUUCGGAGGCGUAUAUGGUGCGUCCGAAGGCGGUAUUUUCGGCGGAUAUGGUGGGCCCGGAGGCGGAUUCCCCGGUGGAUAUAGUGCGUCCGGAGCCGGUUUACCCGGAGCUUAAGGCGAUCCGCUGCUUUCCUUCAAGCGGCCCGGCUUCAGCGCCAAGACCAGCUAAUCUCGUACCCCAAACCUGGCAAAUAAAGAAACCGACACCACAUAUGAAGUUGUUGUUUUUCGCAAAUUAAAAGCUCAGUAUUUUUUCUCUUUUCUCGCUGUCAAUCGUCUCAUUUAUAACCUCUUUGUAUGCUACACCCACAUGUUCAGUGACGCGACGUCUGUCUGGUACGGCGAUGGGUACAACACAUUUAUUGUAUACUCACCCCGAAAUUUGAACUGUCGCAUAAUACUAGCGUGAUUUCGAGAAAGUUCAGGUUUUUUUUAUUUUCUGCUUAUCCUUUUUACUAGAUAACUUCUAUAUAUAUAUAUAUGUGUGUGUGUGUAUAUAUAUAUCAACUGGUAGAUAAGGACAGAGAUUGUUCUCAUCCUGUACUCCACUCAGCUAAAACUUUCCUGGCACCUCUGCACAGACUUUGCUUGAGCGCGCGAUGCUUCAGUAUUUUAGUUCUGGUUGGUCGGGACGUGACAGUGUCGUUUGGAAUCAAAUCUCGGGCGGAUAAAAUUAUUUCAGUAGCCUUCAAUGACGAAUGAAACGAUCACGUUUCAACUAGUUACUAUUAUGUGGGUCACAAUCCGUGAAUUCACUGUAAGUGACCCUGAUGUCCCAAAAGUCAUUAGUAACGCUGUUUAUUUGUACAUGUAGUUUUUCUUAAUUUUAAACAACAAUUCCGUUGAUCAAAGCAUCGUAUGGGAAAACUACAUCUUACUAACAUGUUAUAAUUGUAUGUUACAUGAUAUAUUCGUUAGGAUAUUUUUUGUUGUUUUUCAAAGGUUUGGUAUAUUAUGUUUUCCUUUUAUGGAAAUUAAGAUAAACCAUGGUCAGCGGUCUCUAAACCAUCAUCAGAAAACUUCGCAUACUUCUUGCCUGGUGUAAGGCUCAUUACUGUAUUUCGCUCUGGAUCUUAAAAUAAACAAUAAACGUUUCUGUGUAAAAAAAAUUGCAUUACAAAAUUGCCGUUAAGUACCUGAAAAAUUCGUAGAGAAAACGCAUACAUCAAUAAUUCAACCAUUUCCUUAGUUUACAUGUUAUAAGAGUCUGAAUAUUCAAAGGCUUAUUCGUAAUGCAAAAAUAGAACGGGAUUAAAAUCAUGAAGUGCUUUGCCAUUGUUUAUUGAAUUCCUCUUAUAAAUAAUUCUACGGAAAAUUCAAGAUGAUUAUAACAUCCAACAGAAUGAAUGAUACUAAUAAAAACUAAUAUUGUAAAUAGCCUGUAGCAAUCGAAGUCUGAAUGGUUUCUGUGUUGUGUUACACAGAUUUACAGUUAUCUUUCAUGUUUCAUUGAACUAAAUGUCUAUUUCUUAGAAUGUUUAUAUAUUCAAUUUAAUUGUAUAUUAUUAUUGUCAUUUUACUUAUAUUAUAAAUGUUAUUGUACUAUGUGUGAAAUGAAAUAAAUAUAUUUACAAUUUAUGCUAAA